CUACAUAGUCCUUGUGCUGCUUCCAACUGUUCGGUGUCAACCCAAUGACCCAGACGCCACACCAGAGACUGUUGCUCUGUACAAUCGCCUUAAAGAAAUGGCAGUCAAUCCAAACACUAUCAUGUUUGGCCAAAGUAGUUCCACAUGGUUUGGGGCCACUGGAGGACACGCCCCUUAUGACGUCACGACCAAUACCAGCAAUCGUGGGUGGACUUUCACCGUCGACCAAGCCCUCGAGAACUACCCGGAUGAGUUAUCAGACGUGAAGGGUGUCACAGGUCAAUACCCCGCCAUCUUUGACCUUGGGAUGUGGCAGCUGACCCCAAACAGAACCAUCGUCCUGUCAUACCUCCUGAAGAAAGCCCACAGCAGAGGAAUCAUCACCACAUUGUGUCAGCACUUGUACAACCCAGUCACUGGCGGCAGUCCAUGGGUUGACAAAGACCCUGGCAACGUCACUCACACCGUCAGACGUCUUCUUCCAGGGGGAGACACGAACUGGAAGUACAGGGACAACCUGGACAAGAUCACCGAGCUGGUCCUCAAUCUGAAGGACGAAGAAGGAAAACUGAUUCCUGUUCUCUUUCGUCCUCUUCAUGAACUGAACGGAGACUGGUUCUGGUGGGGGUAUGGUAACAGGGCGAACAAUACCUUACAAGAUCUGAAGUCCUUCUACAAGUACAUCGUCACCUAUCUCCGAGAUGUUAAGCAUGUCCACAACAUCCUGUAUGUCAUCAGUCCAGACAAGUUCCAAUCCAAGGAUGACUAUCUUCAAUUUUACCCAGGGGAUGAUUAUGUUGACAUCAUGGGAACUGAUUUCUAUUAUAAAUCUUCAAACGACACCACAUCCGAUUUCCACAGAAGUUUAACAGAUCUGGUGGAGAUGGCAGAGUCCAGAAACAAAAUUCCAACACUUUCCGAAUGUGGAAUGGCAAAUAAUGGGAUCAGUACUGAUCUCAACUUCUGGAAUGACAAGAUCCUUGAUAUCAUCAAGGCCAGUAUGACGACAAGAAGAAUUGCCUACAUCCUUACCUGGGCCAAUCAGUGUACUGAGAAUACAUGUCAGCUGUGGACACCAUACAAGGGACAUCCAGCUGAACAUGACUUCAGGAACAAUUUCUUUAAUGACCCUGUUACAGUUUUUGCAGGCGGCAUGAACUGACGACAUGGAAAAUACACAAUUAAAUUUCCAAACAUUGAUUGUUUAGUUUGAAUAAAGUCAGCGGGUCGUUUGA